CACCUCUAGGCUGCGCUCGUCCGCGACUCGCGUCGCUCGUGUCGGAGGUGGUCGGGGUAACCGCGAGCAACCGCGAGUGCGCGACCCGCGAGCCCUGCGGAGGAGGUCGCGGAUCCGACGCGGAUCCGUCGGGAAGCCGCAGCGAGACUCGAGGGCUCGGUCCCGUUGAGGCAGCGCCCACCAGGGGGAAGGAUGCUUGGAGGGCGAGGAGUCGACGUCGCCGCGACGGCCCGCGCGUCGGGGCGCCGGGACCGUCUCCGUUGUGCCGCGCCCUAACCUAACUCUCCCGGAAGUCGGGCGCUCCGGCUCUCGAGCCCGCUCAGGUGCCGAGAUGGAGAGGGUAGCCAAGAAGAAGCGCCCGGGGACGGACGGCGACAACCGCCUCGCCUCCGAGGCGCUCGGCCAAGACGGCGAUAAGGGGUCCAAGGACAAGAACGAGCAGAACCUGAAGAACCGUCGUCUGGCGUCCAAGGAGUCCGCCCUCUCGAUGGAGAAGGAAGGGGAGGAGAACGGCGAGGACGAGGAGGACGAGGAGGAAGACGAGGAGGAGGAGGAGGAGGAGGAGGAGGCCGAAGACGAGGAGGAGGAGGAGGAAGAGGAGGAGAAGAACAAGAACGAGGGUCCCAGCAGCACCUCCUCCGAGAGCACCUCGGACUCGGACUCGGAGAGCAGCUCCGAGGAGAGACCAGCUCGGGUCGCCCCCGAGGGAGCCGAGGUCGAGUCGAGCGAAAAGGAUGACCUCCGGUCUCAGAAGGCCGAGAGCAAGAACGACGACACCACGGACGACAGCGACAUCGAGGACGACCUCAUCUCGGCCAUCAACUACAACACGAUCACCUCCCUGGCGGCCCUGAAGGACAUGCUCCAGUCGUCCGGUGAGGACUCCGAGGGCGUCGACAGCUUCUUCCACCACUACUUCCUCUCGCACGUAAACCGGCUGCCCUCCAGGAACCAGACGCACAGCCCCUAUCCCUGGGGCCGCAGGCUGUCCGAGUGCCGCGAGGAGGACGAGUACGAGACCGAGGAAGGGAAGAACGCGGAGACCGUGACCAAUGGAUGCGGCAGGGACCCCGGAAGACUCUCUCCGAGCGGCCAACGCGAGAGCUCCUCUUCGAAGGCGUCGAGUCCGUCCCCCUCGGAGCACUCCAGCUCGGAGAAGAUCGACUCGGCGUCGAAAUCUCCGCCGACUCCGCCGCCUCUGCCACCUCCGCCACCCCCUCCGCCUCCUCCGGCGCCGUUGUCGACGUCCGUGGCACCGGCGGCGGCGACGACGACGACGACGACGAAGACGACGGCGACGACGGCGACGACGGCGACGACGGCGACGACGACGACGACGACGGUAGCGACGGUGGCGGCGGUCGUGGCGGCGACGAUGACGGCGACGGCGGCGGCGGCGGCGGUAGCGGCGAUGACGACGACGACGACGGCGACGUCAGAGAGCGGCACCACUAUCACCAACACCACCCCCACCCCCACCACCACAACCACCGCCACCACCUCCAGGUUCGUCACCACGACCGUCGCCUCUCCCACGGCCUCCUCGAAACCUCCGCUCAGGAGGAGACACACCACGGGUCCAGGAAUGACCUUCCCGGCAACGGAUCCUCCGACCUACUCCACCAGCAUGUCCUUCUCGAGGACCAGUCCUCUGCCGAGUCCGCACCUCGACAAGAGGUUCUUCGACUCCAGCCUAAUCGAGAUGAAGAGCCAGGCGAGCAGUUCCAGCACCCUCGACAACGACUCCUCCGAGGAGAUCUGGGUGCGGAGGUUAGACUUUGUGCAAGAGAGGAAGCGAAGGGAGCUCGGGUCACAGCCGCUGCCGACCAUCGUAACCGAGGAUGUCGACACCUCGGGCCACGGCUCUCAAGAUCAAGGUCACAGACCCCGCGCCGGCACCUGGGGAUCCCACUCGAGGACCAUCAGGAAACCGGGCUCCGGAAGCGCCCCGAGCUCCGGCAAAUCGACGCCCCUUCCGCAGCAGUUGGAGCCUGCCUCCAGUUCGUCCAGCUCCGGCAAGGGUACUUCCGGAAAGAAGGCAGCGGAUACUCGGUCCGGGUCCACGAGUCGCAGCAACAGCCGCAGCAACAGCACCGAACGCCGAAAGAGCGGUACCGACGACACGGCGAGCCCGACCAGGAAAUCCGCUCUCUUCGAUGCCUUUCGCCCCAGAAGUAAGUCGGAUGCCAGCAAAGCUCGCAAGCCCAGCCUCAUAGCCAACAUGAAGAGCGCCGUGCAGCACUCGCUCCACCGGGGUUCUCACGGGAGCUCCUCGGUCGACGUCAACGCGGACAAGGACGGCAAGGAGCACAAGGACCACGGCGCGCGACCUCGGGCGGGCUCCGAAAGCAGCAGGAACCCCGUCAGCAAAGUCAUGGAUCUCAUAAGGCACCGGAGUCACAGUGCUCUCAGCGCGGAGGACAAGAGGAAAGCGAGAGCUGCGGCGCAACACCAUUCUCAAGUUACGUCACAGGGAGCGAUAAGAAGGAGCUCGUUGGACCCUGGGACGAGAAGACUGUCCUUGGGUACGCCAGCGAUUCCGCAUCGAGCCUCCGACGCCUGCCUGGACCCGGUGCACGCCGCCAUCCUCUUCAGGGAUGCUCGAGGGCUGCCGGUGGUGGACCCCUUCCUGGAGAAGGUCUCGCUCUCCGACCUCGAGGAGGACGAGUCGCAGAUCUUCGUCAAGUUCUUCAAGUUCCACAAGUGCUACGACUUGAUACCGACCAGCGCGAAGCUGGUCGUCUUCGACACGCAUCUGCUCGUCAAGAAGGCCUUCUUCGCUCUCGUUUACAACGGGGUGAGAGCGGCUCCGCUGUGGGACAGCGCCCGGCAGCAGUUCGUGGGCAUGCUUACCAUCACGGACUUCAUAAAGAUCCUGCAGAUGUAUUACACCAGCCCUUCGGUAACCAUGGACGAGCUCGAGGAACACGAGCUGGAUACCUGGAGAAAGGUCCUGAAGGACCAGGUCCAUCCUCUGGUUAGCAUCGGCCCGGACGCGUCCCUCUACGAGGCCAUUCGGACUCUGAUACGCAACAGGAUCCAUCGAUUGCCUGUGAUAGACCCCGACACUGGAAACGUCUUAUACAUCUUGACUCACAAAAGGAUACUUAGAUUCCUUUUCCUUUACAUUCACGAAUUGCCGAAGCCUUCCUUCGUGAACAAGACUUUGCGGGAGCUGAGAAUCGGGACGUUCGAGGACAUCGAGACCGCCACGGAGGAGACCAGCAUAAUCGUAGCCUUAAAGAAAUUCGUCGAAAGGCGGGUCUCCGCGCUGCCGAUCAUCGACGUCGAAGGGAAGCUCGUCAACAUUUACUCCAAGUUCGACGUUAUCAAUUUGGCGGCCGAGAAAACGUACAAUAACCUGGACGUCUCGCUGAGGGAGGCCAACGAGCACAGGAACGACUGGUUCGAGGGCGUUCAAAGCUGCAAGCUGGACGAAACCCUCUUCACGGUACUGGAGAAAAUCGUGAGAGCCGAGGUGCACAGGCUGGUCGUGGUGGACGAGGAGGACAAGGUUAUCGGCAUAAUUUCGCUUUCGGAUCUUCUCUACUACCUCGUACUUAGGCCUUGCGGCGAGGACGGCAGCUACAAGGGCAGCUCCGUGUCCCUGAGGGCGCAGGACUCGAUGGCCUCGGGUCAAUCCGAGGCAUCCCUUGGCGACGGGCCCGAGGAGCCGGCGAUGGCGGCGACGGCGGCGACGGCGGCGACGGCGACGCCGAGCCCGCCCCUCAGCCCGGCCAGCUCGGACGUCUCCGGCGCCCUCUCCGACCUCGGCCAGUCCCAGCAGGAGGCGGCGUGGCGCGAGGUCACCGUCUCCGGGGGCGAGUGAGCGAGCGAGCGAGUGAAGACCCUACCCGAAGGAGCCAACCAGCCGUUUCGCGCCUCGUCGAAGCGAGGUCGCGUCUGUAUAGUGUAUCAAAUUCUCAGUCGACGCCGACGAGCCGAGCAUGGUCGCGGUCGAACCUUGAAAUAUUCAUUUCCUUUGUAAAUAGAUAACGAAUUGCCGUGACUAGAGCUAGUGCCGCGUACGGGCGGAAUCGCUCGUAACUCUUGGAUCGUCGGUGGGACGCACCCGGAGGCAGCGAUGUAAAGAUGUAAAGAUCGAGACUCCUUUCGGUUGGUUUCGACUUCGGGGAGCUCGCGCCGUUCACGCCGUUCACGCCGUUCACGCCGUUCGGGACCGACGACUAUCCGGAGGGUGGGAUCUGCCCCGUAGGAUCCGUAGCGUACGCGUAGAGAUGUAGUCGUCGCAGGGCUAUGUAGAGGCGCGCUAGGGACGCCGGUCGAGUACCCGCGGUUUAUCUUCUCGCGACGAUCCUGGAUGACCGGGUCGUUUUUCUUUUAGAUUAUCGGCUAGCUCGCGUUUCUCCGGUUUGGCUUUUAAUCGACGUAGGUAAUCUUUCGCCGAGGGCCGUUUGCCAGCGAAACGUAGAACUGGACGUAAACUUGUCGCGCGAUCGAAUUUCUCCGGUCCAGGGGCGCACGAGUCGGGUGCAAUCCGAGAAAUGUUAAAGCAGGCCUUAUUCUUGUAUCUCGGAACCGUGAACGGUGACGAAGGAACGACGGCCGAUGACGCGGGCUAGAAUGACGAAAGUAGUACGGGAUAAAUCCGCGAGGAGGUGAGAGGCCCCAAAUGACCAAGACCGCGAUCGCGACUCGUACGUUUCCGACGAUUCUUUGCUCGUUGUCGCUCUUCGGGGGUAGCGACGCGCUGGAAUUCUCCUCCUUUCGGCGACGAUCCAGAAGAGGAUCGAGCGUUCUUUUUAAUCGUCGGCGGAAGCGAGGGAUGCCUUCGAGGUGCGUCGAGUUUCUAGAUUCACCUUGUGAUCCCGGACUCGGGUAAAAGCAGCACGCGGUAAUAGACGUCUCUUCGUGUCGUGCCAUUUCUUGCGCCAACUUAGGAAAGUGUGCCGAUUUCGUAUGGUGCGAGUUCAAUAGAAGAUGAAUAUGUAAACGGUAAAAACUGUCUUGUCUCGGUAGGAGCGUUAAUCGCGCAAGAGACGCGAAGAAAUCAUUAUCGGUAUCGCAAGUGCGUCCUGCUUUUGCAGAGCUCUCGGGGAUGGAAUUAGCUUCGAGUUCCACUUAUUUCUCGAUCGAUGACGUACAAGUUCGCCUCAAGAGGCUACGUUGCGAAGUCAGAGUCGAGGUCGACGGCGUGAAAAGUUCCCAACGUGUCGUAGGAAGAUGCUCCGGAUGGCAAUGACACGCGUCGGCGCUGACCUUAGCGGCCCUAAUUUAACACGCAUAACCUACCACUCAACGAACGCGUCUGCCUUCCUUAUUUAGGUAUCGCCCUUUUAUUUCCCUAGGCCACGGUUGGCCGCUCCUCGUGGCUAGGUCCUUUCGCUCGAAAUGGUUUUUCACGGCGACCUAUCCGAGGAACGACCGAUCCAGUGGAUGCCAUGUAUUUCAAGAUUGUCUUUACGCUUAAGCAUUGGAUACAAUUGACGAGGUUUUGGCAAUGAGAAAACUGUACAAUAAAUAAUAUCAAACCGCGA